CGCCACGUUUAUGAUGCUUGAUAGGAGGCUCGUUCUGGUGGCUUUCGGGUUCUCGGGAUUUGUCCAAGAGUUAGGCUUGCUCUAUCCACUUGAAUGUGGAUUGGAGGACUGGCAAUAUUGUUCUCCCCGAGGAGAGGUCUCGAAUGGACUGGAUUGGCUUUAAACUUCGAACGGGCUUGAGUGAAUUGCCAGCUUGUCGGAGGUUUGGUGGGGGCGCCGUUGUCGCUGGUCUGCAUGGACUGCCGUCGAGGUGCGAGCUUCAAUGGUUCCUACCCCUUUUAAUUUGUCGCCAUCGCCGCUACUUGCCUUCGACUGCUGUAUCUGAAUUGUCUGUGUUUUUGGCAAUCUUUCCAGCCCUUCCGAGUCAUCGCAUCACAACUAGUUGAUACUUACGUAUAAACUUUGAACGACAAUGGCUGUCAAGAACUCUCCAAUCUAUGUCUUUGUGCCGGGUGCAUGGCACACUCCCGACACCUUCGAUGGCAUCCGCGCGCUCCUGAGCAAGCGCGGUUAUGACUCCGAAGCCAUCGCACUGCCCUCUGUCGGCGCAGCUGAGCCAACCAAAUCCGGACUCCAUGCUGACAUCGCCCAUACCAACGUUGUCCUCCGAGCGUUGGCCGAGCAGGGGCGUCAAAUCGUCGUGGUGACUCACUCGUACGGUGGUAUGGUUGGUUCAGGGGCCGUCGAGGGUCUUGGGUAUGCACAAAGGUCCAAUGCUGGUCAGGCUGGUGGUGUAAUUAUGGUUGUAUGGUUGGCUGCUUUCGUGACGCCCAAGGGCAAGUCUGUCAUUGAUAUGCUGGGAGGAAAUUGGCUUCCAUGGAUGCUUCUAAACGACCCCGAUGAUGGCUACUGCCGCUCUUCCCAGCAAGAAACAGUCUUCUAUCAUGACAUGACCCCAGAAGCCCAAGCAACCGCCAUAUCCAAGCUAAAGCCACACGCCAAGCCCUCCUUCUUGGAGCCAGCUACCUUUGAACCCUGGCACGAGAUGCCGUCUACGUACCUCUUCUGCGACAAGGAUGCUGCUCUGCCAUUGGUUGUCCAGGAAGGGUUUGCGCAGACAUUAGGUAACCCGGUGACUUUCCACGUCGAUGCGUCGCACUCCGGUUUCUUGAGUAAGCCCGAGGAGACGGCGGAUGGACUGGAGCUUGCGUUGAAGGCGGGGUUGGAGCAAAGUGGGAUUAAUUAAGUACUAUUGUUUUUUAUAUAGAAGUUUGUGCUUGAUGUGUGAUGAUUGCUUUGCGUUGUAGUUUCAGGGGCAUUCGAAAUUGAAUACUUGAG